GGGAUCUACAGACUGGUGAUUUCGUUAUCAUCAAGGAUGAGCUUCUUCCUCCAUGCGACUGGAGGUUAGGCAGAAUAGAAGCCGUACACGUUGGUCGGGAUAAGCGCGUAAGAGUCGCUGAUGUUAGAACAUCUAGUGGCGUCGUGACCCGACCAAUAGUAAAAUUAUGCAUGCUCCCGUUAUGUGAAAAGUCUGUAGAUUAGUUUGUUCUUGUCCAUACAAUGUCGUGUCUAUGUGUCCAAAGCUAUUUUUUUCGACCUUAAUCUGCCUCUGUUCUUUGUAUUUUAAUCUCAUUCCAGAAUGGAUCCAGCCCAAAACCCAGAGUUGUGCGUUGUGUGUUUUGCAUAUCACCCAUUGAGAUAUUGCAAGAUGUUCCGUAAGUUGACAUUGGAGCAACGAAUUUAUGUGGUGAGAACCCAUAAGUAUUGCUCCAAUUGCUUCUCGCGGACUCAUCUGAUAGGUAGCUGUAUCUCAAUGGGUGCAUGCCAAAUAUGUUGCGAUUUGCACCACACAUUGCUGCACCCAAGGACUGCUGCUCAGGGGCCAAGGCAAGGACAACCACAACAGCUACGCCAGCGCGCUCGCAGAAGCCUCCCCAACCCUCCUCAACAGAGAGCUCAACAGCGUCAACGCCUCCGUCAACGCCUACAACAACAGCAGCAGGUUAUCCAACAGCAACAACAACAGCUACAGCAGCAACAACGACAACAACGGCAACGACAACAACUACAGCAACAAUCUCAGCGGCAGCCACAACGUCGCCAACAGCAACUGCCCCGACCCCAACAACGACAGCGCCAACAACUUCAACCACAAGCCAUAGCCGUUCCUCAGCCUGCGGCAGCGCCAGCCUCAACCCAGGGGCUGGUCAAUCAAAUUGUUUCAGCCCUCAGCCAGCUGACAGGGUCCACAAUUGCACCAGUGCAAGGAGGCCGGCAUGUCGAAGUCCGGUUAGGCCGCGUUGAAGACGAUUUGAUCGAUCUCCAUGACGAUCUUAUCGACUUCGACGACGGCCUUACCGACCUUGACUGA